AUGGACAGGGAUAAAGGUAGAAAUAGGAGCGACAAUAGGACAAGUUUCCGGGGGCAUAAGUCAUCGUCUUCCAGCAAACAUCGCCAGAGUAAUAAUCGACACACCAAGAGCAGUCGGUCCUCGACCACUUCCGGAGAAAAUAAGUCCCAAGAGAAAGAACGCACCUCUCGUCGAUCGAAGAUUCCCACACCUGGAGCCCAUGCAACCGGUGCAGAAGACUCGAGAUUAGUACGAAAGUCUGAGCUCAAGGGGAGCGGGCCAAGGCCACGCAGCUCAUUCGAAUCAGGCGACGACUUCAGCGAUGCCAGCGAUGGCUCCUUUGAUCCAGUUGCUGUAGCGAACCAACGGACCGCGUAUUACGCACAGCAUCAACAGCAAGAACAAUUACGAGCCCCUCGUUCGACAGACACUUUAAGGGGUGACCCAGAGGCACCAUCACGUGGGGUUUCCAAAAAAUCUAGUGCUGGCAGCACCAUGUUGGUCCCACCAAUUCACUCCAUGCCAUCGUCACCCUACGGUUCCAAUGAGCCAAAUAGCCCCCAAAGUUUUGUCAUGAUACCAUCCGUUGGUGAGGAUCAACAAACAGUCAUGGCACACGAAGUUGUUCCUUUAGGUUUUGAAGGUUCGAACAUCCGUCAACUGGACGGUAGCAAAAAUGUUGCCACCAUGGAUAUCGAACGAAUGGCCGAGGAGAAUCGAGCCUUUCAAGCACGACUACAAGUUGAGAAUGAAAUAGAACGUCAAAGGUUGCUGGAAGAAAACAACAAGAUCCAACGAGAAAUACAAGAGAAUUUUUUACGACAACAAGAAGAGCAAGAAGCGGCAAAAGCAGCAAAACGACGGAAGCAAGGGCAGUACAUGAAAAUACUCUUGUGCUUUCUGGUCUUGGCAGCAAUUGGUGUCGGAGCCUACUUUGGUACACGAUCCAGCUCGUCAGCUCCUUUGCCAUCCCAAGUAUCUGGAAAUUCUGAUGUGAGUCCGACUGACGUACCAGAGACACCCAGUGCUCCUUCUUCGUUGCCUACACUUGCAUCCAAUCCAUCACCAGCAGUCACCAAGGCGCCCGCGGAUACCUCUUCAUACGAUCCACCAAAUGCACAAGAGUGCGCAAAUAUGGAAAUGGGAUUACCUCGUAGUUUGAAUGCGGAUGACUACCUGAAUACUCGACAAUUUGAUGUCAUUUUCAGUUCUAAAGUGUCCCCUGCUGUUUCCUCAUCAUCGUCGGUGAGUGCUUCCUUGCUUUCGGUAUUGGAGCAAGAAAUGGAACGAUUGCUUCGACCCGAAUUGGUAGGAUGUUCAACGAUCGAAAGACGCAAGCUGCUUGACGGGAAUCGUCAACUGAGUGACUUCGAUUUUGUGAUAUAUGACUUGGAGGUGUCAUUGGCACAAGACACAGAGAGCACCUGUACUACGUUGAUAGAUGACCAAAGUACUCAGCCCUGCCAUGUUCUUGUUGCAUCCAUGAAUGUUUGGUUGCAGGGAGACGAACCCAAUCUUUUGAUUCGAGGACACAUUUCCGAAGUCUUGAAUCGUUUGGAUCUCCCGGUGAAAUUGGAGUUGGAGGGACAAUUCGACACUAUUAUUGUGGAAUACGUUCGCGACCAACUUCGAGCACCUGAUGUUUUUCCUACGGAAAGUCCGUCUCCAGAUCCAACGCCCUCGCCAGUGGAAGGGCCUUCUGAUGCGUCCGACCCAACCAUAUCGCAAUCUAUUUCCCCAACGACAGCUCCUGUCACAGGACCUAGCGGUACGCCACCGCCCAUCUCGGAACCCACUCCCGAACCAACUCCAGGGCCUACUCCAGUACAAAAACCACAACCUACUCCAGGGUCCACUCCUGGACCUACUCCGGUACCAAUGCCUCCUCCGACUCCCUUUCCGACGCCAAGACCGACGCCUCCACCACCUCCUCCACAAACGGAUGCUCCUGAGAAUACGGGCAGCUGUGAUCUCUCGGAACAUUUCAGGGAUGGCUUUUAUUACGAGUUCGGUGGUGGGAACAACCCGAAAUUUACCGUGGACUGUUCCAUGUUUACUGGUACCAGAGGUCUUGCACUGAUCGUGGACGAAAGCACCUGCAAUUUCAAUUGUGUGGGUCGGUUGAAACCUUCUGACGCCGCUCGGUAUUGCAAUAACCAACCACCAGGGACGACUGUUGAUCUUUUGGUCGGCGUAGACAGUACGGGAUCCAAAAUCUAUUUGGGUACAGAUGCCUAUGGGAAAGAACAGCAAUCCUUGGACUGCGACCCACCAAUGAUACCAUCGUAG